AUGGGGAAGGGUGUGAAGCCGGCUAGCCAAAGUUCAGGCAGCAGUUUGGGAAAGAGAAAAGAUUUUGGGGGACCCCAAACUCAUAGAUAUGAUAGAGACGAACCAGCUGGACAGAGGCCACCAAGAUUCAAUCGACAGACAACCAAGAAUUUCUUUCCUAUCCGUACCUGUGGCAUUUGUGGUAAAUUGCACGCGGGUAUUUGCUAUAAGGCCACUGGAGGCUGUUACAACUAUGAUAGAAUCGGGCAUUUUGUUAGAGAUUGUACUAGAGCACAUCGACCUAUGCCACGUACUACACCAGAGGAAUCAGUCCAAGGUUCUGUUUCUAGAGGGUCAUCGAUAAUCAGUAGGGGUAGAGGCAGAAGUGGAGACAACACUUUGGGUAAUCCUAGCACAAUGGACCAACCUGAGCAGAGGAGUACACUAGACAGAGUGUACACCAUGCAUCGUGGAGAAGAAGCAGAGACUUCAGACAUAGUUGUCGUUGAGAAAGAGAGCUUAGAAUAUAUGCCAAUGGCAUUAGAAAGCAACCAAACUAAGCAAGUGGAGAACAUCAUUCACGUUAAUGGUGGAGAUGGCAUUCAUAGUUAUGCUCGCAACUCUUCCCUCCAGAGAUUGGUGUUAAAAAGGGUAAGACCAAUAUUGGAGGACACAGUGAAAGCUUUCUAUGACAAAUCCUUGUCUCAGAAAUUUGCCAUUGUGGAUAUGGGUUGCUCAUCCGGACCUAAUGCCCUACAAGCCAUUUCUAUAAUGAUCAAUUCAAUAUUUACUCUGUGCAAAGAAAAGGGGCACAAUUCUCCUGAGCUCCUAGUUUUUCUCAAUGAUCUUCCAGGUAAUGAUUUUAACAGUGUCUUUAGAUCACUGCCCCAAUUUUAUGAGAAGCUCAAGGAGCAGAAAGGCUUGGAUUUGGGAACUUGUUUCAUAUCAGGCGUGCCAGGAACCUUUUAUGGGAGAUUAUUUCCUAGUGAAGCCCUAAAUUUUGUCCAUUCCUCUUCUAGUCUACAUUGGCUUUCUCAGGUUCCUGAAGGGAUAGAGAAUAACAAAGGAAAUAUCUACAUGUCAGAGACAAGUCCAAAGAAUGUGUUUGAAGCAUAUUUGGAUCAAUUUCAGAGAGACUUUUCAUUAUUCCUCAGUUGUAGAGCAAUGGAACUCAAAGCAAAUGGUCAGAUGAUUUUAACUUUACUAGGAAGAAGCUCUUUUGAUCCUAUCUGCAAUGAUUGUGUCCAGUUUUGGUAUCUAUUGACUAAAUCUCUUCUUGAGAUGUCAAGAGAAGGACUUAUUGAAAAGGAUAAUGUGGAUUCCUUCAACCUACCUUGGUACACUCCUUUCAGUAGAGAAGUGAUAGAGAUAAUUGAAAUGGAGAGUUCUUUUGAAAUUAACAAUAUGAAAACCUUUGGAAUGAAUUGGGACCCAAAUGACAAUGAUGAAAAUCAGGAUUAUGUCUUUGACAAGAGCACAAGUGGGGAAAAUGUAGCUAGUUGUGUAAGAGCUGCUUUAGAAUCCUUGCUAGCUAGCCAUUUUGGAGAGGCCACUAUUGAUGAAUUAUUCUCAAGGUAUGCAAGAAAUGUUGGUGAGUAUUUGUCCAAAGAAAAGACCAAAUACAACUUCUUGGUUAUUUCCAUGACUAAGAAGUCUUAA